AUGAAAAGAUAUAAAGUAGGGUUGACACUGGCUGUGUCAAUCUUGGUUUUCUUCUCCGUAUCCCAUGGGAAGGUUAUCGGUCGUGAGGUUCAACAGCAUAUUAAUCAUCAUCCUGCAGAUAUUCACAAACAGAACAAUGACGUUAUUGCUAUCAGUCGGCGUGAUAUUCCGUCGGACAUAGGCCUAGAUGAUGAGAGACAUGAUACUGAUACGGUUAUGGUGGAUGGGAAGCCGAUUGUCAUUCACCGCAUCUCUGCUAGUGUCAAGGAUCGAGAUCCUAUGGUUCUAUCGGAUACCGUCAUCCCUAACGAACAAUCUCCUCACAGCAAGCAAGCUUAUCAUGGUUCCACGCGUUUUAAGCGUUAUGUCGGUUAUUACGAUGACGACAUAAGUGAUGAUGACGACGAUGACAGGUAUGAUGUCGAUGAUGACGAUGAUGAGGAUGAUGAAGACGUUAGUCGUAAGAAACGUGAUAUGUGGGAUGCUGCUGCUGAUGAUGAUGAUGAUUACGGUGGUGGUGAUGGUUACGCCGAUGUUGGCGAAGAUGACCUCGAUGACUUUGAAAACAUUUUUAGAGAUAAUGGUGAUGAAGAUGAAGAUUUGAAUAGCGAAUUUGACCCAAAUGGAAUACAACCAAGACAAAGCAGGGCAGUCAAUGGUAGGAGCAUUGCUGUCCCACAAGCAUUUCGCGUCAAAAGAGCCAAAUCACCUACAUCUCCUGCAGCGAAAUCCAGCAAGCAUAAAGUUAUGAAAAAGAGAGCUGCCAAAGGCAAGGCGCCUUUGGAGAUGACCGAGCCUUCGGAAAUAAUCGAGCCUCUGAAGAAGUUAAAGAGAAUUAAAAGGAAAAAAACCAGAGCCCAAAAGGACGCUGCCAAGGCCAGAAAGGCGGCUAGAAAAGCCAGAAAGAAGGCAGAAAAAGCCGGCAAGGUCAACCAGCCAAUGCAGAAAGUAGCGCCGCCUUUGGAUAUGAUCAAGCCCUUGAAGAAGAUAUUAAAGAAAACUAAAAGGAAGAAAACCAAAGCCGAAAAGAAAGCUGCCAAAGCCGCAAAGAAGGCUGCAAAAGCCCAAAGGAAGGCUGAAAAGGCAAAAAAGCUGGCUGCCGAAGCCAACAAGGAGUUUGGCACAGUUAUCCAACCUAUCGAGAAUAUCGAGCCUUUGGAGAAAAUGAUGCCUGUGGUAGAAACAAAGCCUUCGGAGGAAAUGAAUGCAUUGGAGGAGACAGUGAUCUCUGAAGAAGCUACCAAAGCCAACAAGAAGGCUGCCAAAGCCAGAAAAAAGGCUGCCAAAGCCAAAAAGAAGGCUGCUAAAGCCAACAAAAAGGCUGUCGAAGCCAACAAGAAGGCUGCCAUAGUCAACCAACCUAUGGAGAUAACCGAGUCGGCGCCUUUGGAGGAAAUGGAGCCUUUGGAGCAGACGAUGCCUUUAGAGGAUAUAGAGCCUUUGGUGGAGGCGAAGCCAUUGCGGAGGAGGAAGAAGAAGAAGAAGGCCAAGACCCUAUCUCCUCUGGUCACGGCAGGGGAUGGCGAUUGGUUCCGCUUGAAGGGAGAGAAGUGGAAGAACAGCAAAGCUGCCGAGGCUCAAGACGAAGAAGAUGACAGCCAGGGCAUUAUGACGAACGCUCGUACAGGUACGGGAGAUGACGAUGGUGAAAGUAACAUUGUGAAAGUCGAUAUCGAGAGAACCCGCGCGAAAGGACCAAAUCUGGAUAUUGAUUUCUUGAAUGGACUAAACAAACCUCCAUUUGACGGCGACGCCUAA